UUAGUGUGUUGCCCGGCAACGGCAGUGCUGGUUGAGCUUUGCCCAGCAUCCCGGCAGAGCUUCAGAAAGGGCGGUGUAAACGCUUCCUUCGCACUGUGCGGAAUCACAGGAAGGUGUUUAAUUGAGUAAAAGGAAGUGUUUGUUGCUGCGUGCUUGUAAACAAAGUGAAGCAAAUGGGAAAACCCCAUCCCUUGGACUGUCUGCGUUGGACCCUUUUGUUUGAACAUUCGCUUAAAAACACCCUCAGCUCAGGAUGUCUGCCCAGCGCGCGUGGAAUCGCUCGUGACGCGCCGUGGAAAAGCAAAUGGGUGAGAAAAACAGCUUCCCCAUGGCUGGCGCAAGCCCACAAACAAAGCGGCAAUGCUCGGAUGGUUAAGCAUGGGCGAGCAUGCCAUCGGGCGGAAGAAAACGCGAAAAGCUCAUUUCAGUUGCUGCUCUCGACCAGCGCGGUUCGUUCGCGGUUCGAUCGGUGUUCGGUUCGGUCGGGUUUUCUUCCUUUCGCUUAAUGCGCGUGCAAAGUGGAAAUUCUGACCAUCCAGGAAGUGUUUGUUUAAUCCGAAUUAUAAAUAGAAUGUGAAUCAAAAGUGGAAAUAAGUGGAAAAAUUGAAUUAUCCAUCCAGCUCCGGCAGUCAAAUUAAACGUAAUUUGUCCCGAUAGCUGGAUUCAAACCGGUGCAAUCCCGGUUCCCAGACAGCUUGCAUGCGUUCUUUCCUUCUGUUUCUUUCAACCACUUUCCGUUAGUGAAAAAGAAUAUUCUAUUUGCGUAUUCAGUGAUGUGAGUGAUCCGAGCCGCAAUUCUUCCACACCUCGGGCAAGUGCGUUUAAAAUGGUUCCGAUGUAAUUGUUCCAACGCCACUCCGAAACACGUGUGUCCAAAUCCAAAAUAACAAAACAAAAACCUGUGCAAAGCUGCCGUAAACCGUCGCAAAAGAAGCAAGCGAACAAGCCAUUAUGAGGCUAUUAUUCGGCGUGCUUACCGUUCUAUCGCUGCUGGCAGGGAUAGGCGCCAUUUUUCAGGGUGGCGUGCUGGAUCUCAACUUCUUUCGCUGCAUGUGGACAAAGAACUACGAGUGCCCACACGAGGACAUAAAGUUUUUCCUCUACACGCCAACCUUUCGGAAGGGGCGAAUCAUCGAUAUGAACGAGCCGAAGUCCAUCUUCAAGGUCGGCUUCAAAACGAACCAGCAGACGGCGAUCAUCAUCCAUGGUUUCAACGGGACGCAGACGAGCCGGCACAUAAUGUUCCUGAAGGAUGCCUACCUUUCGCGUAAGUUCAACGUGUUUGCAGUCGACUGGGAGGUGUUGUCGCAGUAUCCGUGCUACUUCUCGUCGCUUUCCAACACCAAGCUGGUGUCGCAGUGUACGGCACAGCUUUAUUCCUUCCUAACGUUUGCCGGCUGUACAAGCAAACAGAUCACGUGCGUAGGACACUCCCUUGGGGCACACAUAUGCGGCAUGAUGAGUAACCAUCUAACGAAAAAGCAGUAUAAAAUUAUAGGUCUCGAUCCAGCACGACCCUUGAUAGAGAAGCAUGCAUCGAAAAAGUUUCGUCUAACAAGGGAUGAUGCCCGCUCGGUGCAGAUCAUACACACAAAUGCCGGCCUGCUCGGGCAAAGCUCGUUUUCCGGCCGGGUGGACUUUUGCAUCAACGGUGGCCAGGUGCAGCCUUAUUGUGAGGGCGAUCGAAUUAAACAAGCCCGAUGUAGCCACUUUCUGAGUGUGUGCUACCUUGCCAAUGCCAUUCUAGCCUCCAGACCGAUGCGUGCGUUCCGUUGCCCGUCCGGAUGUGUGCCAGACAACCGGAUACCCUUCGUGAAGUCAAACCGUGUGCGAAUGAAAUGGCUCACCGUCGGGCAGGAUACACCGGGAAAUGUGACUGGAGGAUACUGUGUUCACAUGGAGCAGAACAUGAACUGUCCGUUUAACUAAGGAACUAAUUGAAGAAUUGAAAUAUUGAAGAUAUUGAAAUUGAAGAACAACCGCAAAGGACAAGGUGCAGUGUAAUUCCUAACGCAUUACAAAAAGAACAAGCAUUUGGUUUUACAAAUACCAGUAUUAAAGCAAGCAACAGGGCAAGCUUAACGAAAUGCACAAGAGAUGCACGGAGGCAGUAUCAAAUUGCAGAAAAAAAAACGAAAACAACAUCAUAGCUGGCUAGCAUUAAGUUCGAUUUAUCGCUGUAAAUAAACCCCUAAACAUCGUGUAA